UGGCCUAAGUGUGACUCCUCCCUCUUCCUUGGCUGACUCUCUCUUCCUGAUCCAGACGCCGCUGUUCUGUGUGUAAAGUUGGGAUCAUGGCUGGAGCGUUCGGUUUGCUGGUGGCGUUGCUGGUGAUUGCGGCGGACUGUAGAGCUGAAACUUGCACAGAACCUUCCAUUGUUCCGUCCUACUAUACUACCUCUGAUGCAGUUAUAUCGUCUGAAGUGGUUUUCAUUGUAGAGAUCUCUCUGACCUGCUCUAAUGCGGCACAGAAUGUUGCACUUUAUGCAGACGUGAACGGAAAGCAGUUCCCAGUUACCAGAGGCCAAGACAUUGGGAAAUAUCAGGUAUCGUGGAGCCUGGAACACAAGAAUGCUCACUCUGGGGUCUAUGAAGUCAAGUUUUUUGAUGAGGAGUCCUAUAGUCUGUUGAGAAAGGCCCAGAGAAAUAAUGAAGAUGUUUCCAUUAUCAAGCCUCUCUUUUCAGUUAAUGUUGAUCACAGGGGUGCUUGGAAUGGUCCAUGGGUGUCUACCGAGGUACUUGCUGCACUCGUCGGCAUUUUCGUGUACUACACAGCAUACACUGCAAAGGGGAACAUCCAAGCGUGAACAAUAAUUUUGGACUUGUGGUGUGGUUUGUCUUGAUGUAAAAAGUUCUAUUGUUAGUGUCAUUAAUGCGAAUAAAACUUUUCUACACAAAGCU